UCGCGGUUUGCCACAUUCUCUCGCAGGCAGUCAAAGCGACGGGCGGAAAGCAGCGGCCGACCAGCGUUACGGAUUACGGACUCUACAGCGGACAAUACAACCCGGUUCUCUUGCCGCCGUGCGUCCAGCCUGCUUAGAAAGUUUCAGCAUGUCCAGUGAGGUGCAGCCGAGGCCGGACGACAGCCCCAACACCAGUGGGGGAAGCUCGGAUGCAGAACAGAGGGAGGCGGCUCCCCCGGAGCAGCCGGGCCCCGAGCAGCGGGACCAGACCCAGCCCAAGAAGAAGGAGGCCAAAAUCUCCAGCAAGACGGCCGCCAAGCUCUCCACCAGCGCCAAGAGAAUCCAGAAAGAGCUUGCAGAGAUAACCUUGGACCCGCCGCCAAAUUGCAGCGCCGGUCCCAAAGGUGACAACAUCUAUGAGUGGAGGUCGACCAUCCUGGGCCCCCCAGGCUCCGUGUACGAGGGGGGAGUGUUUUUCCUGGACAUCGCCUUCACCCCAGACUACCCCUUCAAACCACCCAAGGUGACGUUCCGUACGAGGAUCUACCACUGCAACAUCAACAGCCAGGGGGUGAUCUGUCUGGACAUCCUGAAGGACAACUGGAGUCCCGCCCUCACCAUCUCCAAGGUGCUGCUGUCCAUCUGCUCCCUGCUCACUGACUGCAACCCUGCCGACCCUCUGGUUGGAAGCAUCGCCACACAGUACCUGACCAACAGAGCCGAGCACGACAGGAUAGCCAAACAGUGGACCAAACGCUAUGCCACAUAGACCGGACCCAAUCCUGCAGGACCCCUCGCCCUACCCAACACACACACACUGCUGACACCUUCCCUCCUCCCAGAUCUAUGGAAGCACACCCGCUCCUGUCAUCCACCCUGCUCCCCACCCCACCCCACCCCAGAGAAAUGAACUGUUAUUUGUUCCAUGCUGACUUGAAAAGCUUCUUUUUUAUACAAAGAGUCUAUUGGGAUUGUAUUUUCCAAUACACUGAAUGUUGAUAUGGUCAUGAAAAGCUUUAAUACUGUUAUUGUUCUCGUCGGUGUUAUUCUUCUUAUUGUUAUUGCAUUGUUUAUAACAUUGUGGCCACCCCCUCGUCAUCUUCUUAUCUAAAAAGCGUGCGUGUUCUAUUCCUGUUUCAUGUGAUGGUUUCAUGUUAAAUGAUCAUACUGAGUGAGUGCAUUUAGUUUGUUCUUUCUUUCUGUGGUUUUUACAGCUCAUGGUCAAUAUUAGUGCAUGGCAUCAGGAUAUGUGUUCAUGCAGUGAACAUGUAGUCAUGUAGUGGUAUUAUUUCUGUUCUGGCAUGGAGUGAGCCCAUCCCCAUGUAUGACGAUAGUGGUAGUUUGCUGUACAUUUGAUGCCUUGUGAGAAUACAUACUCAUUGAAUACUCAAUUAAACACUGGCUGUAAUGUGA